CCUCCUUAUCCCAAGGACCGAUUCUCUCAGGGUGCGCUCAGCGGGGCGAUCCAAAGCUUAGAGAGCCAAAGUAUUGAUCUCCCCAUCCCUCCCCGACACGAAGCUUGUUUUUCCAGAAAGUCAGAUGGGUGGUUUUUUUCUGUCGGCGCCCUGACCGGUGAGCGUGGGAGCGGAUCUCGCCGGCCCCGGGUGGGGGAUGGAGUCGGGCCGGGGGGGCGGGGACUCUCCGACCUGUCGCCGACCUGUCGGGACUCCCUUCCCCGGACUGAGCAGAACCAGUAGGAUGGAAGAAUGAUGUGAUGGAUGCCACCAUGGGCUACUGCACAGGCCCCCGCUGGCCUCUCUCCCCCCUGACCCUCUUGCUCCUCAAGCUCUGGGCAAGCCUUUGCUACAGUCUUCCAGGCCCUGGGCCUCUUGGCUUCCACUUUACACAUUCCGUCUACAAUGCCACUGUUUACGAGAACUCAGCCGCCCGGACGUACGUCAACAGCCAGAGCAGGAUGGGCGUCACCUUAGUCGACCUCUCGUGGGACGUCAAGUACCGAAUCGUGUCCGGGGACGACGAAGGCUUUUUCAAAGCCGAGGAGGUCAUCAUCGCAGACUUCUGUUUUCUCCGAAUAAGAACCAAGGGGGGCAAUUCGGCCAUUCUGAACAGAGAAAUCCAGGACGGUUAUUUCCUGAUGGUGAAAGGCUCCGUCCGAGGAGAGGACUUAGAAGCGUGGACCAAAGUGAAUGUUCAGGUACUGGAUAUGAACGAUCUGAGGCCUUUGUUUUCCCCGACCACCUACUCGGUCACGAUUGCCGAGAGCACGCCGCUCCGGACCAGUAUCGCACAGGUAACCGCUACCGAUGCUGACAUCGGUUCCAACGGGGAAUUCUAUUACUACUUCAAGAACAAAGUGGAUCUCUUUUCCGUCCACCCGACCAGCGGGAUCAUCUCCCUGAGCGGGCGGUUGAACUUCGACGAGAAGAACAGGUACGACCUGGAAGUGCUGGCCGUGGACCGGGGCAUGAAACUUUACGGCAACAACGGAGUCAGCAGCACCGCCAAGCUCUACGUUCACAUCGAACGGGUAAACGAACACGCCCCAACCAUCCAGGUGGUCACCCACGACCCCUUCCCCCUGGACCAGGAGCCCGUAUACGCGGUGGUGAACAUCGACGACCCGGACGAGGGGGCCAACGGAGAGAUCGAAUCUGUCUCCAUCGUGGCCGGAGAUCCGCUGGAGCAGUUCUUCCUGGUGAGGGAAGGUAAAUGGAUCAACGAAUACAAGAUGAAGGAGAGAAAGCCGAUUGACUGGGAGAACUUCCCCUAUGGCUAUAACCUCACUCUUCAAGCCAAGGACAGAGGGUCCCCCCAGAAGUUUUCAGCCGUCAAGCUCGUCCACAUCGCCAAUCCCAAGAGGGAUGUGGUUCCAGUCAAGUUCGAGAAGGAUGCCUACGAUGUCACCAUCAGCGAGUUCUCCCCUCCCGGAGUCGCCGUGGCCGUAGUAAAGCUCAUUCCCGAACCUCCGGGGGCGGAAUAUAAAAUGACUCCCAGCGAGGACGCAGAAUAUUUUAAAAUUGAUCCACGGUCGGGACUCAUAGUCACGGCGCGCCCACUGAACGUCCUCGAGAAAGAGGUCUACGAGCUGGGUGUCACGAGCCAAGAAGGAGAUCUCAAAGCACAAGUCACGGUCCACCUGGAAGAUGCCAACGAUCACAUUCCAGAGUUCGGCGAGCCGUCCUAUGAAGCCUUCGUCAAUGAGAGCGUACCCGUGGGCACCAGCAUCGUGGCCGUUUCGGCUUCCGACCGGGACAAGGGAGAGAACGGAUAUAUCACAUACAGCAUCGCCAGCCUGAACGUCCUCCCGUUCUCGAUCAACCAGUUCACGGGCGUCAUCAGCACGUCAGAGGAGCUGGAUUUUGAGUCCGCCCCAGAGAGCUACCGGUUCUUUGUCCGGGCCUCCGACUGGGGCUCGCCGUAUCGCCAUGAGACUGAGGUCAACGUGACCAUCCGGGUGGGCAACGUCAACGACAACAGUCCUCUGUUUGAGAAGGUCGCCUGUCAGGGAGUGAUUUCCUAUGACUUCCCCGUCGGAGGGCACAUCACGGCCGUGUCCGCCAUUGACAUCGAUGAACUGGAGCUGGUGAAGUACAAGAUCGUUUCAGGAAACGAACUGGGUUUCUUCUACCUAAACCCGGACUCCGGCGUCUUACAACUCAAAAAGUCCCUGGUCAGCUCUGGAGUGAAGAGCGGCAACUUCGUCCUCAGGAUCACAGCAACAGACGGGGAGCGCCUCGCGGACGCCAUGUUGGUUAACAUUUCCGUCUUACAAGGGAAGGUGUCCUCUAAGAGCUUCAGCUGCCGGGAGACCAGGGUGGCUCAGAAGCUGGCGGAGAAGCUGCUGAAAAAAGCCAAAGCCAACGGGAAGUUGAAUUUGGAGGAUGGGUUCUUGGACUUUUAUUCGGUUAACAGGCAAAGGCCCCAGUUUGAUAAAUCCUUUCCGGCCAACGUGGCGGUCAGAGAGGAUCUCCCAGUGGGGGCCGGCAUCCUCAAAAUCCAAGCCUCGGAUGCGGAUGCCGGCUUCAACGGCAAAGUGGUCUUCACCAUCUCCGACGGCAAUACGGAUGGCCGUUUUGCCAUCGACCUGGAAACGGGCCAGCUUCGUGUCUUGAUGCCUCUGGAUCGGGAGCAGACGGACCUGUACCUCCUGAAUAUUACCAUCUACGAUCUGGGCAAGCCUCAGAGAUCCUCAUGGAGGCUGCUGACGGUAAACGUGGAGGACGCGAACGACAACAGGCCGGUCUUCCUCCAGGAGAGUUAUUCGGUGAACGUCCUCGAGAGCUCCGGGAUCGGCACAGAGAUCAUCCAGGUGGAGGCCAGGGACAGGGACCGAGGGCCGAACGGGACGGUCGGGUACUCGGUCUUGACGGACACCCGGCAGUUCGCCAUCAACAGCUCCACGGGGGUCGUCUAUGUGGCCGAUCAGUUGGACCGGGAAUCCAAAGCCAACUACUCCCUGAAAAUCGAGGCCAGGGACAAGGCGGAGAGCAGCCAGCAGCAGUUCUCCGUGGUGACGCUCAGGGUCUUCCUGGACGAUGUCAACGACUGCCCUCCGGCCUUCAUCCCCUCCAGCUCCAGCGUGAAGGUCCUGGAGGACCUGCCCGUCGGCACGGUGAUCGCCUGGCUGGAGACCCACGACCCGGACCUCGGGUUGGGAGGCCAGGUGCGCUACUCGCUGGUGAACGAUUACAACGGCCGAUUUGAGAUCGACAAGGCCAGCGGGGCCAUCCGCCUCAACAGGGAGCUGGAUUACGAGAAGCAGCAGUUCUACAACCUGACGGUGCGGGCUAAAGACAAGGGGCGGCCGGUAGCCCUGUCGUCCGUCUCCUUUGUGGAGGUGGAAGUGGUGGACGUCAACGAGAACCUCCACACCCCCUACUUCCCAGACUUUGCCGCGGUUGGAUCCGUGAAGGAAAACUCCCGCAUCGGGACCAGCGUCCUGCAGGUGACCGCCAGGGAUGAAGACUCCGGGAGGGAUGGCGAGGUCCAGUACUCGAUCCGAGAUGGCAGCGGGCUUGGGAGGUUUAACAUCGACGAAGAAACUGGGGUUAUCUACACCGCCGACGUCCUUGACCGAGAGACCACGGGGUCUUACUGGCUGACGGUGUAUGCGGCGGACCGUGGGGUAGUCCCCCUCUACUCGACCAUCGAGGUCUACAUCGAGGUGGAAGACGUGAACGACAACGCCCCUCUGACCUCUGAGCCCAUCUACUACCCCAUGGUCAUGGAAAACUCCCCCAAGGAUGUAUCCGUCAUUCAGAUCCAGGCCCAGGAUCCAGAUUCCGGCUCCAAUGAGAAACUGACCUAUCGGAUUACAAGCGGGAACCCUCAGAACUUCUUCGCAAUGAACUUCAAAACAGGUGUGAUUACAACAACUUCCAGAAAAUUGGAUCGAGAGCAGCAAGCAGAGCAUUUUUUGGAGGUGACUGUGACAGAUGGGGGUUCCUCCCCGAAGCAGUCAACAGUUUGGGUGGUGGUACAGGUGCUGGAUGAAAACGACAACAAGCCUCAGUUUCCAGAAAAAGUGUAUCAGAUCAAGCUCCCCGAACGAGACCGCAAGAAGAGGGGGGAGCCCAUCUACAGGGCUUUCGCCUUUGACAAAGACGAAGGCCCCAACGCAGAGAUCUCCUACAGUAUAGUGGAUGGCAAUGACGACGGGAAGUUCUUUAUUGACCCUAAAACCGGCAUGGUUUCUUCCAGGAAGCAGUUCACAGCGGGGAGUUACGACAUCCUAACAAUCAAAGCCGUAGACAACGGACGCCCUCAGAAAUCUUCCACUGCCCGGCUUCACAUCGAGUGGAUUAAGAAGCCACCUCCGUCCCCAACUCCUCUGACCUUCGAUGAGCCGUUCUACAACUUCACUGUCAUGGAGAGCGACAAAGUUACCGAAAUCGUGGGGGUCGUCUCUGUGCAACCUCCUAAUAUCCCUCUCUGGUUUGAUGUUAUUGGCGGCAAGCAUGCUCGAGAGAUGUUCUAUAUUCUACAGACAGCUUGUGGGCAGAACUGUUCAACAGAAGGGGGGAAUUCUGACAGCUCUUUCGACACAGAGAAGGGAGUUGGAACGAUCGUCAUCGCCAAACCUUUGGAUGCAGAACAGAGGUCCAUCUAUAACAUGACGGUGGAGGUCACCGAUGGAACGAAUGUCGCUGUCACUCAGGUUUUCAUCAAAGUCCUGGACAACAACGAUAACGGCCCGGAAUUCUCGCACCCGAGCUACGACGUCACCAUUUCAGAGGAUGUGCCUCCCGACACGGAGAUCUUGCAAGUCGAGGCGACGGACAGAGACGAGAAGCAUAAGCUGAGCUACAGCCUCCACAGCAGCAUCGACUCCGUCAGCAUGAGGAAGUUCAGGAUCGAUCCCGGCACCGGAGUCCUGUACACGGCCGAGAGACUGGAUCACGAAGCCCAGGAUAAACACAUUCUCAACGUAAUGGUCCGUGACCAGGAGUUUCCCUACCGAAGAAACUUGGCCCGUGUCAUCGUCAGCGUGGAAGACGCAAAUGACCACAGCCCUUACUUUACCAGCCCCUUGUACGAAGCUUCGAUGUUUGAAUCGGCCGCUUUGGGGUCAGCCGUCCUGCAGGUGACAGCCCUGGAUAAAGACAAGGGGGAAAAUGCCGAGCUCAUCUACACCAUAGAAGCAGGGAACACCGGGAACACGUUUAAGAUCGAACCCAUUUUGGGCAUCAUCACUCUGUCCAAAGAACCAGACGUGACGGCCAUGGGUCAGUUCGUUCUGUCGGUCAAAGUCACCGACCAGGGUUCGCCGUCAUUAUCCGCCACCGCCAUCGUCCGUAUUUCUGUCACCCUGUCUGAUAAUUCUCACCCCAAGUUCGCCCACAAAGACUACCAAGCAGAAGUGAAUGAGAACGUGGACGUCGGAACAUCAGUAAUCCUGAUCUCGGCCAUCAGUCAGUCGACCCUAAUGUACGAAGUCAAAGACGGAAACGUGGAUGGCGCCUUUGUCAUAAACCCGUACUCUGGAGUGAUCACCAAUCAGAGGGCCCUCGACUACGAACGGACGGCGUCUUAUCAGCUCAUCGUUCAGGCCACAAACAUGGCUGGGAUGGCGUCCAAUGCCACUGUAAAUAUUCAGGUUGUUGAUGAGAAUGACAACGCCCCUGUCUUCCUCUUUUCUCAGUACUCCGGCAGCCUGAGUGAGGCCGCCCCAGUAAAUAGCGUAGUCCGUAGCUCAGCGAACAGUCCUUUGGUGAUCCGGGCGACCGACGCAGAUAGCAACCAGAAUGCUCUGCUGGUGUACCAGAUUGUGGAGGCCACCGCCAAGAAGUACUUCACCGUUGACUCCAGUACCGGCGCCAUCCGAACAAUCGCCCACUUGGAUCACGAAACCAUCGCCCGUUUCCAUUUCCACGUGCACGUCAGAGACAGCGGCAGCCCCCAGCUGACGGCGGAGAGUCCGGUUGAAGUGACCGUCGACGUGACAGACGUCAACGACAACCCUCCGGUCUUCUCCCCGGCUGUGUUUGAGUCGGUCUUACUGUUACCUACUUACGUUGGGGUGGAGGUUCUGAAAGUCAGCGCCACAGAUCCCGACUCUGAGGUGCCCUCUGAGCUCACGUACAGUCUGAUGGAGGGUCACUUGGACCAUUUUUUAAUCGACUCCCACAGCGGGGUCCUCACAGUCAAAAACAACAGCCUUUCCCGAGACCACUACGUGCUGAUCGCGAGAGUGUCGGAUGGGAAGUUUCAUAGCACGGCCACGGUCACCCUGCUGGUUAAAGAAGCUCUGGACAGCGGUCUCCAUUUCACGCAAAGCUUUUACUCCACUUCCAUCGCCGAGAACAGCACCAACAUCACCAAGGUCGCCAUUGUCAACGCGGUGGGGAAUCGCCUGAACGAACCCUUGAAGUACAGCCUCCUGAAUCCAGGGAACAAGUUCAAGAUCAAAUCGACAUCGGGGGUCAUCCAGACGACCGGGAUCCCCUUCGACAGGGAAGAGCAAGAGGUGUACGAGCUGGUCGUGGAAGCCAGUCGCGAGUUGGACCGGCUGCGGGUGGCUCGGGUCAUCGUCCGGGUGACGGUCGAGGACAUCAACGACAACACCCCGGUCUUCGUCGGCCUCCCGUACUACGCGGCGGUGCAGGUUGACGCCGAGCCCGGGACGUCCAUCUACCGGGUCACGGCCAUCGACCGAGACAAGGGGGCCAACGGCGACGUGACGUAUUUGCUGCGGGAGGGCUACGGCCACUUCGAAAUCGACCCGAGUUCUGGGGACGUUACCCUGAGAGAGGCCUUCGACUCCGACCUAUCCAACAUCGAGUACAGCGUGGUCGUCCUCGCCCGAGACGGCGGGAGCCCCUCCCUGUCCUCCUCUGUCGAGUUCCCCAUCACUAUAGUGAACAAGGCCAUGCCCGUCUUCGACAGGCCCUUCUACACGGCCUCCGUCAGCGAAGACGUGGAGAUGCACACGCCCGUUCUGGGCAUCAACGCCACGAGCCCGGAAGGCCAAGGAAUCAUUUACAUCGUCGUCGACGGGGACCCGUACAACCAGUUUAACGUGGACUUUGACACCGGGGUCCUGAGCGUCGUCAGUCCUCUGGACUAUGAGACGGCGUCCGCUUUCAAGCUGACCGUGAGGGCCAGCGACGCCCUGUCGGGGGCCCGGGCCGAGGUCACCGUGGACGUGCUGGUCACUGACGUGAAUGACAAUGCCCCCGUCUUUGACCAGCCGUCCUACAGCGCGACUCUGUCGGAAGCCUCCCUCAUCGGGACCCCCGUGCUUCAGGUGGUGGCCUCCGACGCCGACUCGGAGAGCAAUAGACUCGUCCAGUAUCAGAUCGUGCAGGACACUUUCAACAGCACCGACUAUUUCCACAUAGAUAGCUCGAGCGGCUUGAUAUUAACAGCCCGCCUGCUGGACCAUGAGUCCGUCCAGCGGAGCACCCUCAAGGUCAGGGCCACCGACAGCGGGUUUCCACCCCUGAGCAGUGAGGUCCUGGUUACCAUUUUCGUGACCGACACGAAUGACAACCCUCCGGUUUUCAACCAGCUGAUCUACGAAUCCUACGUGAGCGAACUGGCCCCCCGAAACCACUUCGUGACCUGCGUCCAGGCCUCCGACGCGGACAGCUCCGACUCUGACCGCCUGGAGUACGGCAUCCUGUCUGGGAACGAUCGGACGAGCUUCCUGAUGGACGGCCAGAGCGGGGUGAUCACCCUGUCGAACCACCGGAUGCAGAGGAUGGAACCGCUGUACAGCCUGAACGUCUCCGUGUCUGACGGGCUGUUCACCAGCACGGCCCAGGUGCACGUCAGGGUGCUGGGUGCCAACCUGAACAGCCCCGUCUUCUCGCAGAACGUCUACGUCGCCGAGGUGAGGGAGAAUGCCGCCCCGGGAACGAAGGUGGUUCACGUGCGCGCCACUGACGGUGACGCCGGGCCCUAUGGGCGGAUCGACUUUUCCAUCAUCAAUGAUUUCGCCAAAGACCGGUUCACGAUCGACAGCCAUGGGCAGAUCCAGACCACGGAACCGCUGGACCGGGAGAGGCCGACAGAAGGGGACAUCAGCAUCUUCGUGAGGGCGGCGGACGGAGGCGGGAGGGCGACGUUCUGCACCGUGAGGGUGAUCGUGGUGGACGAGAACGACAACGCGCCCCAGUUCCUGACAGUCGAAUUCCGGGCCAGCGUCAAGGCGGAUGUCGGGAGGGGCCACCUGGUGACCCAGGUGCAGGCCGUGGACCCGGACGACGGGGUCAAUUCCCGGAUCACGUAUUCCCUCUACAGUGAGGCCUCCGUCUCCGUGGCGGACCUCCUGGAGAUCGACCCGGACAAUGGCUGGAUGGUGACCAAGGGCAGUUUCGGCCAACUGCGAAACACGGUCCUGUCCUUCUUCGUCAAGGCCGUAGAUGGCGGCAUCCCAGUCAGGCAUUCCCUCGUUCCCGUCUACAUCCACGUCUUGCCCCCGGACACCCUCCUCCCCUCCUUCUCCCAGCCCCAGUACUCCUUCACCAUCCCAGAAGACACCGCCAUCGGGAGCACAGUGGACUCUCUGAGGAUCUUGCCCAGUCAGAAUGCCCUGUUCAGUACAGUGAACGGCGAGCGGCCCGAGCACAACCAGGGGGGAGUCUUCGUCGUGGAGCGGGACACGGGCACCCUAAAGCUCGACCAGCGUCUGGACCGCGAGGCCAACCCCUCGUUCCACUUCAAAGUCGCCGCCACCGUAGCCCUCGACAGAGUGGACGUCGUGGUCACGGUGGACGUGGAGGUCAAGGUGCUGGAUCUGAACGACAACAAGCCGGCGUUUGACGCCUCGAGCUACGACGCCAUCGUCAUGGAAGGGAUGCCCGCCGGAACCAAGCUGAUCCAGGUGAAAGCCGAGGACCCCGAUUGGGGAGCCAAUGGGCAGGUCACCUACGCCCUCUACUCGGACACGGAUCUCCCCGGAGUGACUCAGGCCUUCGGAAUCGACAGCAACAGCGGCUGGAUCAGCACCCUGAGGGACCUGGACCACGAGGCGGACCCCAUGUUCACGUUCGCGGUGGUGGCCUCCGACCUGGGGGAGGCCGUGUCCCUUUCCGCCACGGCCUCGGUCGCGGUGACCGUCACGGAUGUCAAUGACAACGCGCCGGCCUUUGCUCACGAGGUGUACCGAGGGCACGUGAAGGAGAGUGACCCCCCGGGGGAAGUAGUCGCCGUCCUCAGCACACGGGACAGAGACACGUCAGACCUGAACCGGCAAGUGAGCUACCACAUCACGGGAGGGAAUCCCAGAGGGAAGUUUGCCUUGGGUCUGGUUCAGAAUGAAUGGAAGGUGUAUGUAAAAAGGCCCCUGGAUCGAGAAGAGCAAGAUGUGUACUCCUUGAACAUCACUGCUACCGACGGUCUAUUUGUCACCCAGGCUGUGGUGGAGGUGACCGUAAGUGACGUGAAUGAUAACAGCCCGGUCUGCGAUCAGGUGGCAUAUACGGCGUUGAUCCCAGAAGACAUCCCAUCAAACAAACUCAUCCUUAAGAUCAGCGCUAAGGACCCUGACGUGGGAUCCAAUGGAGAUAUAAGCUAUUCACUCUAUGGAUCUGGAAAUAACAAAUUUUUCUUAGAUCCAGAAAGUGGUGAGUUGAAAACACUGGCCCUUCUAGACCGAGAGAAGAUCCCCGUGUACAAUCUGAUUGUUCGGGCCACCGAUGGAGGCGGCAGGUUUUGCCAGUCUGAAGUCCACCUGAUCCUGGAAGACGUGAAUGAUAAUCCGCCCGUGUUUUCCUCGGACCACUACAGCGCUUGCGUCUAUGAGAACACAGCCACCAAAGCACUGCUGACCAGAGUCCAGGCCACCGAUCCUGAUGUUGGUGUGAAUAGAAAAGUUGUGUAUUCUCUAGCCGACUCAGCCAAUGGGUACUUCUCCAUAGACCGCUCAUCAGGAAUAAUAAUUUUGGAGCAGCCACUUGAUAGAGAAGUCCAGUCUUCCUAUAACAUAAGCGUGAAGGCGUCGGACCAGAGUGUCGCCCUGGCACUGUCUUCCUUUGCCACGGUGACCAUUACAGUGCUGGACAUUAAUGACAACCCUCCUGUGUUUGAAAGAAGGGAUUAUCUUGUCACUGUGCCAGAGGACACGUCGCCGGGCACGCAGGUCUUAGCGGUGUUUGCUACAAGCAAAGAUAUCGGCACGAAUGCCGAGAUUACGUAUCUCAUCAGGUCUGGGAAUGAACGAGGGAAAUUCAGGAUCAAUUCUAGGACAGGAGAGAUAUCGGUAAUCGAAGAGCUGGACUAUGAACUCUGCAAAGAUUUUUAUCUGGUGGUGGAAGCGGCCGAUGGUGGUACCCCCGCUCUCAGCGCCGUGGCCACGGUGAACGUCAACCUCACGGACGUGAACGACAACGCACCCCAGUUCAACCAGGAGGUCUACAGCGCCGUCAUCAGCGAGGAUGCAUCUGUCGGCGAUUCAGUCGUGUUGCUGAUAGCAGAAGAUGUGGAUAGCCCUCCCAAUGGACGGAUUCAUUUCUCCAUCGUCAGUGGGGACCGGGACGAUGAAUUUUCCGUGGAGCCUGAUCUGGGGCUCGUCCAGGUCAAAAAGAAACUGGAUCGAGAACGGGUGUCUGGAUAUUCACUGCUCAUUCAGGCGAAGGACAGUGGCAUCCCUGCCUUGUCCUCAACCGUCACGGUCAACAUCGACAUUUCCGACGUGAACGACAACAGCCCCGUUUUUACACCCUCCAACUAUUCCGCCGUCAUUCAGGAAAACAAACCAGUGGGCACAAGCAUUUUGCAGCUGGUGGUGACAGACAGAGACUCCUUUCACAACGGGCCCCCGUUCACCUUCUCCAUCGUGGCUGGGAAUGAGGAAGAGGAAUUCGUGUUGGACUCACAUGGGGUCUUGAGAUCGGCUGUCGUCUUCCGGCACCCCGUGCCCAAAGAAUACGUGCUCUACGUCCAGGCCAAGGACUCGGGCAGGCCGCAGCGGAGCUCCCACUGCCACGUCCAGGUGCGGGUGAUCGAAGAGAGCAUCCACAAGCCGACGGCCAUCCCCCUGGAGAUCUUCAUCGUCACCCUGGAGGACGACUUCCCCGGCGGGGUGAUCGGGAAGAUCCACGCCACGGACCAGGACGUGUACGACGUCCUCUCGUUCGCCCUGCGGGCCGAGCAGAAGAGCCUCUUCCAGGUGAACGGCCACGACGGGAAGGUGGUGGCCCUGGGGGGGCUGGACAGCGGCAAGUACGUCCUGAACGUGUCUGUCAGCGACGGCCGCUUCCAGGUGCCCAUCGACGUGCUGGUGCACGUGGAGCAGCUGGCUCAGGAGAUGGUGCGCAGCGCGGUGACGGUCCGCUUCGAGGACGUGUCCCCGGAGGACUUCGUGGGGCUGCACCUCCACGGCUUCCGCCGCGCCCUGCGCCACGCCGUCCUGCCCCAGAAGCAGGACAGCCUCCACAUCAUCAGCAUCCAGCCCGUGGCCGGCACCGGCCAGCUGGACGUGCUCCUGGCCGUGCAGGUGCACGGCGGCGGCGGCUUCUACAAGCCGGCCUACGUCAUCCAGAAGCUGUCCAACGCCCGGCGCCACCUGGAGAACAUGGUUCGCGUCGCCGCCAUCCUGGAGAAGAACUGCUCCGGCCUGGACUGCCAGGAGCAACACUGCGAGCAGAGCCUGACCAUCGACUCGCACGCCCUCAUGACCUACAGCACGGCCCGCAUCAGCUUCGUCUGCCCCCGCUUCUACAGGAACGUACGCUGCACGUGUGACGGAGGACUGUGUCCGGGGUCGAGCGAUCCUUGUAUGGAGAAGCCGUGUCCUGGGGACAUGCAGUGCGUGGGGUACGAAGCCAGCCGAAGACCUUUCAUCUGCCAGUGUCCGCCAGGAAAACUCGGAGAAUGCUCAGGCCACACCUCGCUCAGCUUCGCUGGCAACAGUUACAUCAAGUACCGGCUUUCAGAAAAUAGCAAGAAAGAGGAGUUUAAGCUGGCCCUGCGCCUUCGCACACUGCAGAGCAAUGGGAUUCUAAUGUACACCCGAGCGAAUCCCUGCAUAAUUCUGAAGAUCACGGAUGGCAAACUGUGGUUCCAGCUGGACUGCGGCAGCGGUCCGGGCAUCCUGGGCAUCUCGGGCCGGACGGUGAACGACGGCCGCUGGCACUCGGCCUCCCUGGAGCUCAACCGGAACUUCACCAGCCUGUCCCUGGACGACAGCUACGUGGAGCGGCGCCGGGCCCCGCUCUACUUCCGGACGCUGGGCCCCGAAGGCGCCGUUUACUUCGGGGCCCAGGUGCAGGCGGACGGCACCCGCAGCCUGGCCGACCAGAGGACCACGCAGGUCCUGAGCGGCUUCCAGGGCUGCCUGGACUCGGUCGUCCUGAACGGCCACGAGCUCCCGCUGCAGAACAAACGCAGCAGCUUCGCCGAGGUGGUCGGCCUGACGGAGCUGAAGCUCGGCUGCGUGCUGUACCCCGACGCCUGCCAACGCCAGCCCUGCCAGAACGGCGGCAGCUGUGCCGGUCUGCCCUCGGGCGGCUAUCAGUGCAGCUGCCUGUCUCAGUUCACCGGGAGAAACUGUGAAUCCGAGAUCACCGCCUGCUUCCCAAACCCCUGCCGCAACGGAGGCUCCUGCGAUCCCAUUGGAAACACUUUCAUCUGCACUUGUCAAGUGGGCCUCACUGGAGUGACGUGCGAGGAGGACAUCGACGAGUGCGAGAGGGAAGAAUGCGAGAACGGAGGUUUGUGCGUCAACAGGUUCGGCACCUUCUUCUGCAACUGCACCCCGGGCUUCGUGGGCGAGUUCUGCCGGCUGCGACCCGUGGUGGUCCCCGACAUCCAGGCCGGACACGCGUACGUGGGGAAGGAGGAGCUGAUCGGCAUCGCCGUCGUCCUCUUCGUCAUCUUGGUCCUGAUCGUCCUGUUCGUCGUGUUCCGCAAGAAGGUCUUCCGGAAGAGCUACUCGCGGAACAACAUCACCCUCGUCCAGGACCCGGCCACGGCCGCGCUGCUGCACAAGAGCAACGGCGUCCAGUUCAAGACCCCGCGGGGCGGCGGGGGCGGGCGCAACAUCUACCAGGAGGUGGGGCCGCCUCAGGUGCCCGUCCGGCCCAUGGCCUACACGCCCUGCUUCCAGAGCGACUCCGGGAACAACCUGGACAAGAUGGUGGACAGCCUGGGCGGAGAGCACCAGGAGAUGACCACUUUCCACCCGGAGUCGCCCCGGAUCCUGACGGCCCGACGGGGAGUGGUGGUCUGCAGUGUGGCCCCCAACCCGCCGGCCGUGUCGCCCUGCCGCUCGGAUUGCGAUUCCAUCCGCAAGAGCACCUGGGACGCUGGGACGGAGAACAAGGGAGUGGACGACACCGAGGAGAUGACCUGUUUCGCGGGAAGCAAUAAAGGCAGCAAUUCCGAAGUCCAGUCCCUCAGCUCUUUCCAGUCGGACUCGGGAGAUGACAAUGCUUCCAUAGUGACUGUCAUUCAGCUUGUCAACAAUGUAGUUGACACUAUAGAAAAUGAAGUGUCUGUUAUGGACCCAGGACAGAACUACAAUCGAGCCUAUCACUGGGACACCUCCGACUGGAUGCCCAACGCCCGCCUGUCCGACAUCGAGGAAGUGCCCAAUUACGAGAAUCCGGACGGCGCCUCGGUGCACCACGGGAGCACGAGAGAGCUGGAGAGUGAUUACUACCUGGGCGGCUACGACAUCGACAGCGACUAUCCCCCGCCCCACGAAGAGGAGUUCCUGAACCAGGACCAGCUGCCCCCUCCUCUGCCGGAGGAUUUCCCGGACCACUACGAGGCCCUGCCUCCGUCGCAGCCGGUCUCCGUGACCGGCACGCUCAGCCCGGGAUGCAGACGGAGACCCCUGUUCCACCCGAGCCAGUACCUGCCUCCGCACCCGUUCCCCAACGAGACGGACCCCGCGGGGCCUCAGCCCGGUCACGAGUUUAGUACUUUCGCCAUGAGCUCCGGCGCGGGCAACCCGAGCGGCUCAGUCAGCGGGCCCUCCCCCUUGCACAAUUCCAUAGGCGCCUCUUCCCCUGACACGUCUGCGUCCCGUGGCUUUCAGGGCCCCGAGGGGGCCGGGAGUGACUACGAGAGCGCGGGCCUCCACAUCCCUUUCCUCGAGACUCAGCACCAGACUCAAGUGUGAAGGACACCCCUCCGGGCCUUGCUUCAGUCGCUCUCUCUACAGGUGGAAACCAACUGGAUGAGGGGACGUCGCUGCGGAAAGCUGCCUGCCGAGACGGGGGGACGGAGGGGAAAUGCAGUGUUUACCACGAGCAACUCGUCCGUGAGCCGUAGGCCUGUGCGAACUCUUCAGAGUCGAGUCGCCUCUUGUCGUAGGCCACAGAACUAGUCGGCGUGAGGCGCCUGACGAUCCAUAACGGUGCAUGCCUGGCAUUUGCUGUCAUGGGUUUGGGCCUCCGUCCCCUUUCCGCCGCCAAUUUCUGAGGGGAAGUGAUUUCAUCCAGGGGUUUACACUGUUGAUCUCUUUCGGCUUUGGGCAGUCGGGUGCUAAUAAAAAAAUUAAAAGGGGGUGGGGGCUUUCGGCAGUGUCUAUCCCUAGGUAUUCGGGCACAGGAAACAGCGAAAUAAAGAGGAGUCGUGGUCUGAAACACAGAAGCCAGUUGAAAGAACAAAAACGUCACUGACUGUUGAGUUAGGCUGACUUACGGCGGGUGGAAGAGAGAGCAUCCAUACAGAGAAGAUGAGCAAAAUCCACUAAUUUUAUCCCAAUUUCUUUUUCAAGCUGCCGGGUGGUCAGCUGUAAAAUUAGAAGGACUUGUUAGGGUUUUAUAGGUUUAAUAUGCAGGUUUUAUUUAAAAAAAAAGCCUGGAUUAAAAAGAAAUCCAAGAUUAA